AAUAGCAAAAUCACCCAGAAAAUCAUAUGCGUGUAGCCUACGACUACGUAUAUUGAAAAGACCCUUUUCACAGGCAAGUCCAGCCAUGAAUGGUUCCCACUUCUUGGAGUCUGUAACAGACAUUGGUUACACUUGGACCAAGGGCCUAACAUCGCAGAGCUUUGACUGGAUGUUUGAAAAAGAAGAGAUUCUUCCAUUUUUAGAAUGGGUCUGCAACAGCCUGGGUUCAUCUAAUAUGCUGUCCAAUGGUGAAUUGAAGCAGUUUGAUGACCUUGGGAAACGAGGCCAUAUUCUCAUUGGCCAGCAGCUUGAUGAGGCUUUAAAAAGUAUUGAAAGCAGUGAUGGAGAAUAUUUGCCUUCCGAUGAGGAUAUCAGGAAAGAUAGUGAAUCUCUUGAACAUGAAAUAAUGAGGUCCAAGAAGUGGAAAGAACAACUUAUCAAACAGAGGAACCAGCUUAGUGUGCACAACACGUCCCUUGGCCACAGACAGGCACAAAUCGGAAAAUUAGAGGCAAAGGCCAAACAGUAUCUGGUGUAUCAUUUACAAAGAAAUCAGUCGGAUAACGAUACCGUUAGUAUUCUUCUUGUUCUUAUUUGUCAUAAACCACUGUAG